AUGGUGCGUGUUGAAGGCGUUACAAUGAAGAGGUAUCUGGAAGCUGCUCCUCCUGCUAACCCGUGUUUCUUCAUUCCUGGGCUGGAUGCUACACACAGCUACAGCUUAGAAAAUUUGAAGUGCGUUAUAACAAAGUUCAGAAAAAGCUGGAUUUCCUUGAUUGGUGGUGCUGGGACAGCAAAAAUUUACAACGGAGGAACUGUUCUUAUCAGAAGCAGUAAUGGCCAACUAAUGCUAGUAUCUCAACAAGCAAUAACACGAGCACAGAGUCAGCCACAAAAUAACACAAGCGUGAGGCCAUCUGUACCGACCAGCACACCUGCCAUCAGAAUAUGUCCUGUACAGAACUCUGGCACCCAGUUACUAAAGAAAGUAGCAGCUACUCCUGUGAAACCAUUAUCUCAAACAACAAAUGCUGUGGCUUCUACUGUACAGCCAUCUUCUGUAAUACAGCCAGCAGCUGCAACAGCUAGUGUUACUGCAGUUCCUGCUGUAAAGCCUUCGAGUACUGGAACACCUGUAAAACUUCCAGUUACAGGACCACCUGCACAAGCUAUCUCCCAAAAGGCAGUCUCUGUGAAAGCAGAGGGCACAACAGUAGCACAGACGAGCGCUUCUACAGAGAUGCUAGAGAAUGUGAAGAAAUGCAAGAAUUUUCUUGCUACACUAAUAAAAUUGGCAUCUAGUGGACCUCAAGCCCCUGAGAUGGGGCAGAAUGUGAAGAAUCUGGUGCAAAAUCUAUUGGAAGCAAAAAUUGAACCAGAAGAAUUUACAAAAAAGCUAUACAUAGAGCUCAAGUCAUCUCCGCAACCGUAUUUAGUUCCUUUUCUCAAGAAAAGCAUGCUUGCCUUACGGCAGCUAAUGCCCAAUGCUCAGAGCUUUAUCCAGCAGUGUAUGCAGCAGCCAGCUCCAACCCAAGAAGCUGUUUCGACUUGUACCUCUGCAGCACCAACUCCUUCAAUAGCAGUGGCAACCUCAGCUGUAGCAACAACUUCUCUUCCAGUUAUAAAACCAGUGUCUGCCUCUGUAACAGUCACAGCCUCUCCGGUUAUAAAACCAGUCCUUGUCAGUGCAUCAGCGACAGCUUCUCUGCAGACAGUGAAGCCUGUUCCUGCUUCUGCAGUGGUGACAGCAUCUCUUCGGCCUGCAGCUUCAGUCCUUACCACAACGAUAGCAACAUCAGGGCUGACUGCUAUCCAAACUGUCAAGCCAGUCUUCACCUCUGCGGUAGCAACAUCCUCUCUCCAGUCUGCAAAGCCAGUACUGGUCUCUACAGCGGCAUCUUCAGCAACAACCCCUCUCCAGCCACUGAAACCAGUCAUUGGAACCCCAAUCAGUAUUAAAAUCUCACAGCCAAACUCCAUCGUUGCACAGUCAGUGGGUGCUCAGCAGGUGGUUAAAGUGAAACAGUUGGUAGUCCAACAACCAUCAGGAACCAUUGUAAAGCAAGUAUCCACACUCCCGCAACCCUCAAUGCUGACCCUACAGACAUCUGCUGAGAAAAGGAUGCCUCUGAAUACACUUGUUCAAACUAACCAGUUUCCUGCAGGUUCCAUUCUGAAACAAAUUACCCUGCCAGGAAAUAAAAUUCUGUCGCUUCAAGCAUCUCCUGUUCAGAAAGCUAAAAUAAAAGAGAAUGGAGCAACAUCCUUGAGAGAUGAAGAUGACAUAAAUGAUGUGACUUCUAUGGCUGGGGUCAAUCUUAACGAGGAGAAUGCGUGCAUUUUGGCAACAAACUCUGAGCUCAUUGGUACAGUGAUCCGCUCUUGUGCAGAUGAACCUUUUCUCUCCUCAGAAGUGCUUCAAAAGAAGAUCUUGAACAUAGGUAAAAGGCAUGACAUUAUGGAACUUAACUCUGAUGUCGUGAACUUGAUCUCCCACGCUACACAGGAGAGAUUACGAGGGCUCCUAGAAAAACUAACUGUAAUUGCUCAGCACAGAGUAUCAACCCACAAG